CUAUUUUUCUGUAGGAACAAAGCAGACAUUUUAUUACAGAUUUUUUUUUUUUUUUCUCUCCUAGAGCUUUCUUUCAGUGAGGUAUAUCAUAUCAUCUCCUCCUCCUCCUCCUCGCCUUCUUCUUCUUCUUCUUCUUCUUCUUCUAUGUCAAAUGAAAAGAAAAAUCCAUCCCAGUAUGUUCCAUUUUACAAUAAUGAGCAGAGAGGGAUCCCAGGGUCAGUGUUUUCAUUCUUGAGCGAUAACCCAUCAAUGAACGAUCAACCAACACUGAUAGAAACCUUACAAGGCUCUGAUCCCUUAUCCAUGAGCUUUACUGACUACUUAUCCAUGGACUAUAACACUUUAUCAAGAGCCUUUAAUGUGCCUUGCUCAUCAUCUGAUGUAAUUAGUCCCAUCCAAGACUACUGUUCAAGGGAAAUCAGUGCACCAGCAGCGGUCACCAAUGAAAACACAUCCACGCCAGAUUCAUCAUCAAUAUCUUCUUCAUCUAACGAUGCAGCGACCCAACAAGGCCCAGGCAAGAGCAAAGAAAAGCAGCAGCCAAAAGAAUACGAAGAUGGGAAGAAGAAGUCUAAUAAUAAAGUGAGCAAGACAACGAAGAAAGAGAAACGGCAAAGAGAGUCAAGAUUCGCCUUCUUGACCAAGAGUGAGAUUGAUCACCUUGAAGAUGGAUACAGAUGGAGAAAGUACGGACAGAAGGCAGUCAAGAAUAGUUCUUAUCCAAGAAGCUAUUACAGAUGCACCAGUCAGAAGUGCACAGUGAAGAAACGAGUGGAGAGAUCAUUCCAAGACCCAUCAAUUGUGAUCACAACUUAUGAAGGGAAACAUAACCAUCAAUGUCCAGCGACUCUUCAAGCUAAUACUGCAGCAGGACUUCUGGCAUCCACAUCAUCCAUGGCCCGUCAAAGCUUUCCUCAGGAGCUCUUGGCCCGCUUGCUUCCUCCCCAUGAUAAUAUUAAUAACCAAUGUGACCCUACUGCACCCAUGUUCUAUCAACACCUUAAUGCCCCACAAAAGCAGCAGCAACAGCAGCAGCUUCAUCUUCUUCCUGAUUAUGGCCAAUUGCAAGAUUUUGUUCCCUCUACCUUCCUCCCAAAACAGCACCCGUGAACUCCUAUCAGUCAUUUUUUUCACUAAUUGAUGUUCGCAGAUUUUUAUGGAUGAACUAAUUCCAUGCAUAUAUGUAUUCUCCAUCUUCCAAUCAGGACUCAACUUUGUCCAUGCACGAUCAUGUGAUAAUGCUAUUUCCCUUCACGGAAUUAAUGCAUAGCAGUGAAACAGAAAAUUAGAAUUUCAAUUCAGAAGAUGGAGCUCAAAUAUCUAGCUAGGAACUCUGGGAGGUGAAGUUACAAACUUCAAACUUGCAAUGUUAAUUAGAAGGAUUAAUUAAUUGAUGCUAUAUAUUAUUGUCUUUCUAUGAAAUUUCUUUUUUUGUGUA